UGAGGCAGCGAUGGCGGCGCCGAGCGGUCCCAGUUCUGCAGCCCAGGCUCUCCAGCCAACACAGACCCCAGGAUCCCUCAGCUUUUCUCUGCACUGACCAUCUGUGCCCCUGGACAGAGCCAUAGUCAGGGCUGAAGAUGCCUCUCUUCUCCAGGAAGAAGAAACCCAGCGACGAUGCUCGGAAACGCCUUGAGUACCAAAUGUGCCUGGCAAAAGAAGCUGGUGCUGAUGACACCCUUGACAUAUCCAGAUGUGAGCUCUCAGAGGUUCCUUAUGGGGCCUUUGCAACUUGCAAGGUCUUGCAAAAAAAGGUGCUGAUUAUUCAUACAAAUAAUCUGACAUCUUUAGUUCCAAAGUCCUGCAGCCUCCUGAGUCUCAUAACCCUGAAGGUCCUGGACCUGCAUGACAACCAGCUGGCUUCACUUCCUGCUGAUAUUGGUCAGCUGACAGCUCUUCAGGUCCUAAACCUUGAAAGGAAUCUUUUAAAAAGCCUUCCACAAUCUCUAGGAGACCUUGCCCAGCUCCAGAUCCUCAAUGUGAAAGGGAACAAGCUGAGGGAGCUGCCCGGGAGUGUGAGUGGCCUGCGGAGCCUGCGGGCUCUGGAUAUCAGUGGCAACGUGCUGCAGGAGCUGCCCCGGGUGCUGGCCCACAUCCGAACCCUGCAGACGCUGACCCUGGAUGCCUGUGCCAUGAUCUACCCACCCCCUGAGAUCUGCAGUGUGGGUACAGAGGCCAUCCAGCAGUUCCUCUGCAAAGAGUGUGGAAUUGCAUACUACCCUCCCUCCCAGUACCUGCUCCCCACGCUGGAGAGUGAUGGAGGAGGAACUUCAGUGGAUGGGGUAGACAGGACAGUGGAGAAGUACCUGGAGGAGGAGAGCAAGUGGCAGAACAAAUUCUUGGAUUAUGAGAAGAGGAAGGAAAGGAAAACUCAGGAGAAGCUGGAAUUUGAGCAGCGCCUGAGCAUGGGGCAGAGAGAGCAGGCCCUGCUGGUGCAGCAGCUCAGCAGCCACAAGGAUGAGAUCCUGCAGACAGUGAGGGAGGAGCAGCAGAGGCUGGAGCAGGGUCUGUCGAAGCACCAGCGCUAUCUGGAGGAGGAGAGGCUGAAGCUGCUGCAGCAGCUGAAGGACACAGAGCAGGGCAUUGCCAGCCGGAUCCAGAAGCUGCUGGAGGACAACCAGAGGCAAAAACAAAGUUCAGACAUUUUAAAGUCCUUGGAGAAUGAGAGAAUCAGGAUGGAGCAGCUGAUGGCAAUAACCCAGGAGGAGACAGAGCAGCUGCGCAGGAGGGAAGUGGCCUCUGCCAUGCAGCAGAUGCUGGCUGAGACCUACAAGAACAAGCUCCUCCAAAUGAGCUCCGAGUCUCGUCGGCAGGACCUCGUCAGCCAGGCCUGCUCCAGCCUAGCUGAGAUGGAUCAGAAGUUCCAGCAAAUCCUGGCUUGGCAGCAGCUGGAUCAGAACAAAGCUGUCAGUCAGAUCUUGCAGCAGAUUGAGAUGCAGAAAGCUGCUUUUGAAGCUCUCCAGGUGAAGAAGGAUCUUAUGCACAGGCAGAUCAGGAACCAGAUUAAAUUAAUAGAAACAGAGUUAUUGCAGCUGACACAGCUGGAGCUAAAGAGGCAAGAACUGGACACAGAGACGCUGCAGGAGGUGGUCACGGAGCAGCGCCGGGCACUCAGCUGCCUCCUGCAGCAGCUGCUCAAGGAGAAGAAGCAAAGGGAGGAAGAACUGCAACAAAUCCUGCUGGAAAUGGAGGCAAAGAGUGAAACCAAACAGGAGAACUACUGGCUGAUCCAGUACCAGCGCCUGCUGAACCAGAAGCCCCUCUCUCUGAAGCUUCAGGAGAAGGGUUUGGAGCAGCAGCUGGUGACCCUGCUGCUGGAGCUCUCUGCUGACCAGUACGUGCCAGUCUUUGCUCACCACCGAAUAUCCCUGGAAAUGCUGGGCACCAUGAGUGCCAGUGACCUGGAAAAGCUCGGUGUGACAGAGGCUGGUCUGCAGCGUGCCAUCCUCAGGCGGGCUCAGGAAAUCCUGGCUGUGGCCACGACCAUCCCAGAGCUGCGGAGGGCAGAGGACACCGAGGUCCCUGCGGCCCCAGAGCCCAGCGCUCCCCUGGAGGAGCCCCCGAGCCCCGCGGCCCCCACGGUCCCAGCGCUGCAGUGGGACGAGAAGAAGUCGGAGUGCGUUGUGUGCCUGGAGCAGGAGCCCCAGAUGAUUUUCCUGCCCUGUGGCCACGUCUGCUGCUGCCAGGGCUGCUGCGAGCGGCUGCACUCGUGUCCCCUGUGCCGCCGGGACAUCGCCCAGCGCAUCCGCAUCUUCCACAGCGCCUAGGCCGGCCCGGGAGGCACCGCCCCGCUCCCGGGUGUUCGCUGCUGCCCAUGA